AUGGCAAAACUUAUACCAAAAGUUGGUUCACAUAGGAAUGGGCGCAGUAGUGCACAGAAAAGUGCAUGUAGAAUACCAAAAGGAGUUAUUCAUGUUCAAGCAAGUUUCAACAAUACCAUUGUUACUGUUACAGAUGUACGGGGUCAGGUAAUCUCUUGGUCCUCCGUCGGCACUUGUGGAUUCAAGGGUACAAGAAAGGGUGUCCCUUUUGCUGCUCAAACCGCAACAGGAAAUGCUAUUCGAGCAGUAGUAGAACAAGGUAUGCAACGAGCAGAAGUUAUGAUAAAAGGUCCUGGUCUCAGAGGAGAUGCAGUAUUACGAGCUAUUCGUAGAAGUGGUAUACUAUGA